GGCAAUCAAAGGUUGCGCUACUUACAUAUGUUAAGGGUUGUGUCGACGCAGUUGGUUACUAGUUUCUAAAAAGGGUGACACUGGAGUUUAUCAUCAGAGCAUCCAAAACUUUUUGUAUCAGUAAGGUCAACGUCUGUUUUCCGAGAACAACUGAUAAAUUUACCGACAGUAAUGUUUAAAACAUAACUUGACGUGAAUUCGUAGGGAAAAUAGACCUUUUGGUGUUAUUAGUUCAGGAAGGUGAAUUGGCGACAUUCAUAAUGCUGUUUAAUUACAAACGCGUUAAUUUUUACAUCAUCUGUUAAAUAUUGGUGGUGGUAUAGAAAAUGAAUGUCGAUGAGUCACUGAAAACGGAAAUAGAAGAAAUAGCUCUAAAAUCGGGAAUUGAUGUACGUGAUUAUGCUGCUCAAGUUGAAUCAGAGUUAACGAAAAUAGAAGAAUCACUUAUAAAGACAUAUAUAACGGUCAGUCCUGAAGUAGCUAGUUUGCAUAACCAAAUUAUCUCAUGUGAUGCUAUCCUAGAGCGGAUAGAAAACAUACUGACUAAUUUUCAUGAAGAUUUGGGUGCCAUUAGCACAGAAAUCCAGGAUUUGCAAAGCAAAUCUCUACAAAUGAACACUCGGUUGCAAAACAGACAGGUUGUUCGGAGUAAUUUAAGCCAGUUUCUUUCAGAUAUGGCCAUUCCUGAAGAGCUUAUACGACAUAUCAUGUACACUCCUGUUACUGAACAAGAGUUCCUUGAAAACCUUCAUGAAUUAAAUCAUAAAAUGAAUUUCUCGUCAGAGCAAUCUAUGGCGGAUUACAAAUCAUUUAACGAUGUUAGUGUACUUCUAAAAAAGUUGAGAAUUAAGGCUGUUACAAAAAUCCGGGAAUUUCUGUUGGGUAAAAUAUACUCCUUACGUAAGCCACUUACAAAUUAUCAAGUUCCUCAAAACCAAAUGCUGAAAUUUCGAUUUUACAAUUCGUUCCUCUUAGCUCAUGAUCGAGAGAUAGCUAAAGAAGUUAGGGUGGAGUAUAUCAAUACGAUGAGUAAAGUUUACUACGCCUAUUUUAAGGCUUAUGGUGGUAAAUUAACCAAAUUACAACUUGAUACAACUUAUGAAAAAGAUGAUUUAUUAGGGAAAAAUCCAGAUAAAUACAAUUCUGCAUCAUCUACAUCCAGUCUGAUGUUCAAUUCAAUUACUAAUGUUACUAAUAAUCCAACCGUAUCAGUGUCUUCUAAUUCUGGAACACGUGUUGGACUUUUUGGAUUAAGUGAUCGUGCACUUCGUGUACUUAGUAAAUCGAAUCUAGAAAGUGCUAUUAUUUUACCACAUGUGGCCAGCAACGUGGAUGCUAAAUACCCUAUUGAAGUUUUAUUUCGUUCCAUUCACUACGCGCUUCUGGAUACUGCAUGUCGAGAAUAUUAUUUUCUGUCAGAUUUCUUCCUUCUUAGCACGGAAACUGAGUCUGUUGAUUCACCACCAUCUUGUGAUCAAAGUACACCCAAUCAAGGUCGAACUCAAAGUGGCGUAGCCUUAGCUCAUUUAUUCGAGCAAGUUAUGAGUCGUAGUUUAAGUUGGAUACAUAAAUUUACUGGGACUUUCAUGAUUUCUUCUUGUUCUCAUGAUGCAAUCGGUUUAUUAAUUUGUCUCCAGCUUUUACAUGCUUUGCUUCGUCUGGCUAAAGAGAGAGGGGUACCUGUGUUGGAUGAUUUUUGGGGUAAAAUGACUGAGACUUUGUGGGUACGUGUUACUGAUAGACUGGAUGUACAUAUAGCAUCCAUGCUGCAGUAUUUGGAUGUCAGCAGUUUUAGUACAGAUGCUCGUGAUAUUAUGAAGUCCAAUUUAUCCACCCUAAAUGUCAAUAUACCUACAAAUGCUACCGGAAAUACCACUGUCAGUUUACACCCUAAAAUGUAUGCUCUUAUUCGUCCUCAUUGGAUAGCCAGACGUUAUGCUGAAUUAGCUGCUAGCCUACAUUCAAUCGGACAUCAAUUCCCUGGUACUCCACUUUUUGAUGACAGUAUGAGUAAAUCUAAGAGUUCAGAGAGUUCAAAUUUACAGUACUCUUUACACAAUGAACCAACAUUUCAACAAAAUCUUGCAAAUUUGAAGCCUGCUUUAGACCCUCGUAUCCUCAGUCGUUUGGCUCAAUUGCAAAAUCAAUUUGAACAUGUACUGAAUUCUCUAGCCAAAACAUUUUCACGUCCAAAAUUAGCACACAUAUUUCUAAUCAACAAUUAUGAUUUGGUUAUAAGUGUACUAACUGAACAUGGAGCUGCUGAUUCUUCCGAGGUUACUCGAUGUCGUGAAGCUGUAGCGAAGCAUAUGACAUCAUAUAUCGAUGAAGCCUUGUCACCUUAUUUUGGUUGUCUGAUAUCUUUUGUUCGCGACGUCGAAGCCAGAUCAACUAGUGAAUGUCAUCAUCUGUCGAAAAAUCAAGACGAAGUGACCCAAAAUAUUCGUAGUGAGGAAGCUCGGGUAACACGAAUAGUGAAGGGCUUCAAUAUUGAUUGGAAGAAUUCGAUUGAAAAAAUACAUGAUGAAAUCAUGAUGGAGUUUGCCAAUUUUACUUUGGGGACACAAAUAUUUCAGGGUUUACUUGCUCAACUUAUUCAACAUUACCAUCGUUUUCAAAAAGUGAUGACACAAAGUCCCUACAAAAAUAUGCCUAUACGUAAUCAGUUGGUAAAUAUACAUCAGAUUACAAAUGAAAUGAAAAAGUGUAAAACAAACUUUUCUUAAAGUUAAUUGGAUACAUCUUGCAUAACAUUGUCGUCAUCAUCAUCGUCGUUUUGGUAAACAUUUCAAAUCAUUCCAUUUUGUCGUUUUGGUUCUUUUUUGUUGAAUUGUAAUUUAGUUAUUUCGUUCUUUAUCUAUGUAUAAAGUGUUUUUCUUGCUACUACAAUGUGCUUUGAUGAUUUAGUUGUUGUUGAUGUUUAUGACUGAUGAAUCUUUAUUUUCCAACCCCUAUUCUCAAAGUAUGUAUCUAUAUGUUCUAUCCUUUUUCAGCUUUAUUUACGAUGUGUUUUAUCAUCAGUAUUUUUAUUUUGGAAUAAUAGUUUUUAAUUUUUUGUUUUGUUAUUUAUCUUUGCUCUAUAUUUCCACUUAUCUUGCUUUGCCCUACUAUUUGUGUUUUUUUAACUGUGGUUGUGCUAGUGUAAUACUUUUUGUUGAAAAAAAAACCCAAUGAUUCAGCUGUUUGGUGUAUUUCAUAUUGUGUACCAAAUUAAUGACUAUUACAUGGGACUACCAUAAAUAUAUAGCUUAGGAGUAAAUGGUGUAUAUAGGUUUCGGACCAACAAAUUGUGUUGUAACAUGAGGUUUCACAAAAUUUCUUAAGUCGUACAAAACAUUUCAAGAAGUCCAACACUGUCCGAUGUUGUUAUGUUAGUUAAUUACACUAUCUUUUAUGGAAAUGUUUUAUGACAGGCGCUUUGGUCUCCACAUUACUUUACAUUUUUUCUGUCCAAUUCAACGAAAAUUUUUUUAGAUCAAAACUACACGAUCCACACGUGAGACUCGGACCAAGGACCUUCGGUCUCGCGUACAAACGCUUAACCUCUAGACUACUGGCUCGUUAUCCAAUAGUGUUGAUAUCUAGCUCCAAUCGAUCCAUGGUCCUGUGGAACCCUUCAUCCAUUGCCGUCUAGUGCUUCCAGCUUUUCAAUAGUGGUCUACUUUCGAUCAGCUCGUAAUUUCAAUUGCGAAAAUACUACAACCUCCACAAAUUCUCAUACUGAUAUUUAAGAUUAACUAAUAAUAAAAUGAGAGCGUCAAGAACUUCACUGGCCUGUUAGAGUGACAAUGUCUCAACAAGUGUUAUGUUCUGUAUACUCCUUACUAGAAUGAUUCAGUGUUAUGACUGAUAACGCAUAGUAUUUUACUGUAUUGGUGAAAGUAAAUUGCUUUGCAUGAGAACAGAUAGAAUCGACAGUUUUUGUCAAAGUUGAUUAUCAUACACAUGUCAUAAAUCGAGUCUCAAGAACCAAGAGAAACUGAAAGAUGAGUUUCUCUCAAGGCAAAGCUAUAAAUCUUCCCGUAAUUUACGUAGUAGCCUUAGUAUUGUACUAAACACUUUAACUUUCUAAAUAAAUGGUACGAAAUGAACACCAUUUCCAACACAGUUAAUAUCAGAAUCAGAAAAGUAC